GUUCCUAACAGGAAACGACAUGAACCAGAGAUACCCCACAGCUUGAAGUACGUGGCAUUUAAGUGAAGAAAAUGGCUGGAGUAAGAAGUCUUUUCCGCGUUGUCCUGGGUUUUCUGUGGAUCUUGGAGAGUCGUGGACAGACAGGUUGCCCAGACGGGUACGUUUACCAUCAGCCUAAUCGCCUGUGCUACAAGGCCUUCAACGACACGGCAACCUACAACGGUGCAGUCAGUAGGUGUUCUUCAGACGGGGGAGUCCUUGCCAUACCCCGCGACAACGCAACCAACAACUUCCUCAUCGAUCUGAAAAAUGCCGUCGACAUCAACGCUUUCUUCCGUUUUGGACUGACUGAUGUCCACCAGGAGGGACUUUGGAUUUGGGACGAUAACGUUCCUCUCGGCGACUUCAGAGCUUGGUUUCCAGGCGAACCCAACAACGCAGGUAACGAGGACUGUGCAGAGUACUUUUCCGAAAGCCAUUCCUACAGUAACACAUGGAACGAUGGACCGUGUUCUAGGGACGACAGGAAGUUCAUCUGUCAAGUCUCUCUAUCAGGUCAAUGCUGGGACCCUGGUGUGCCAGCCAAUGGCAUCAGGGAUAACAACAGUAACUUUACAUCAGGACAGACAGUCAGGUACACCUGUAUGGACGGGUAUUGGCUGCUGCUGGGGACUGCCAAUAUAACCUGCCAGCCGGACGGGACUUGGAGUGGUGUUCCACCAACUUGUGGAGGUUGUCCGGACGGGUACGUUUACCAUCAGCCUAAUCGCCUGUGCUACAAGGCCUUCAACGACACGGCAACCUACAACGGUGCAGUCAGUAGGUGUUCUUCAGACGGGGGAGUCCUUGCCAUACCCCGCGACAACGCAACCAACAACUUCCUCAUCGAUCUGAAAAAUGCCGUCGACAUCAACGCUUGGUUCCGUUUUGGACUGACUGAUGUCAACCAGGAGGGAGUUUGGAUGUGGGACGAUAACGUUCCUCUCGGCGACUUCAGAGCUUGGUUUCCAGGCGAACCCAACAACUCAGGUAACGAGGACUGUGCCGAGUACUGUUCCGGAAGCCAUUCCUACAAACCAAACACAUGGAACGAUGGAUCGUGUACUAGAGACGACAAGUUCAUCUGUCAAGUCUCUCUAUCAGGUCAAUGCUGGGACCCUGGUGUGCCAGCCAAUGGGAUCAGGGAUAACAACAGUAACUUUAUAUCAGGACAGACAGUCAGGUACACCUGUAUGGACGGGUUUCAGCUGUUUGGGACUGCCAAUAUAAACUGCCAGCCGGACGGGACUUGGAGUGGUGUUCCACCAACUUGUGGAUGCCCCACGGUUGUCCUAUAUGGCGGCUCCGACACUGAGCAGGCCGGUAGGAUGACGUCCUACACCAUGACGGGAGACACCCUCGGUGACCGGCCCGUGUACUACAGCAGCGUCAACUGCAACUACCUGUAUUACUACAAGCCUACCCUGGAGUGGCGCGUGGGACCGCAGUUCGACCGCAGUGGCGUGCGUGUCGGGGACUCCGCCCUCUACGCUGACCAGAUCAACGGGACGUUCCGUCUGUAUAUUCGCAAUGAGUGGAUAGAGAACCCGGAUGUGAAGAUCGCCUGCUCUGAUGACGUCCCAGCUGGCGUGGUAGUUCCACAAUCGGUAGGGAGCGCUACAAACUGUACGAGGGUCCGUCUGCACGGCAAUGCCGACUACCAACCCUCCCUCAUGACGACCUACACCAGAACAGGCCAGACCAGUGGCGGCAGACCUGUCUACGUUAGUGACACAGACAGCCGAGACUUUCUCCACUUCGUCGAAAGCGAUGAGGUAUGGUGGGUGGGUCCCACGAUCGGACAAACCCGCGGCUUCGCUUCUGUCCAUAACUGCGCCAUAACACCUGACCAGAUCAGGUCACCGUGGAUACUGUUGGACGGGAAUCAGUGGCAAGUCGUCUGGUCGGUUACUGCCAGCUGUAUCGCCUGCCCAGAGUUACCGCUUCCACCCAACGGCAACAGGACAGGAGGUCAUCUUUACGGAGACACAGUCACCUUUUCCUGUAACGAAGGCUACGAACUGGGGUGGUAUUCUGUGAUCUUUCAAGGGCCUUUGACACCCUGGAUCAUAAGAUACUACUGCGGACGUUAGAAUACUUUGGUGUUAAUGACAUGGCUUGCAGCUGGUUUAAGUCCUACUUGACGAGGCUGCAGCAACACACAUGCCUUAAUUCAAUUCUAUCCCCGCAAUUUAUGUCACAUGUGGUGUUCCACAGGGAUCCAUACUGGGCCCUCUGCUCUUCAUCAUGUAUAUCAAUGAUCUGUCAAACUGCAUCCAGCCCUGUAAAGUUGCAAUGUAUGCUGACGACACCAUAAUAUACUUCUCUGCCCGCAGUCUUCAUUCAAUCGAACAUACUAUCCAAAGUGACAUAGUCAGAGUCUCACAGUGGUU